GAAGAAAGAGGAUAGAGUGGGCAUAUACUGAAAGAUUCAGUGAUUCCUUUGUGGUGUUGGGGAAUAUCCAUACAGACACUCCUUCAAAGAGAUCAGAUUCCUUCAAACACCUUCGCAUUUCAUCACUGCACUAAAUAAUCUACCAGAUACAGCGAAAACCGCUAUAAAAAUUAUGAUUUCUUCUCCUAUAGAUCGUGCCAUUUGUUCUCCCCCUUCUCAUUGUUCUUCUUCUCUUCCGAUUGUCUCUGCUACUUUCAGUGUUUCUCAUCUUCCAGCUUCGGCAAGAAGUCAUUGCCGCCUCUCCUGCAAACAGAAGUUCCUCUUGCAAUUCACUGAAGCAAAUAGAAGGAGUGGGAAAAGAAGCGCAGCACCUCUUUCAGUGAAGAUAGGAGAAGAAGAGGCGCCUCCUCUUCUGGAGGAAAUAGAAGGGGCUUCCAAGCCUCGGCGCAUCGUUCUCUUUGUAGAGCCUUCUCCUUUUGCUUAUGUGUCUGGAUACAAAAAUCGGUUUCAGAAUUUCAUCAAAUAUCUGCGAGAGAUGGGGGAUGAGGUCAUGGUUGUAACGACCCACGAAGGAUUACCCCAAGAAUUUUAUGGAGCAAAAUUAAUUGGUUCACGAAGCUUUCCCUGCCCUUGGUAUCAAAAGGUGCCCCUUUCGUUAGCUCUCAGCCCUAGAAUAAUCUCUGAGGUUGCCAAGUUCAAGCCUGACAUAAUACAUGCAUCAUCACCUGGAAUAAUGGUUUUUGGCGCUCUGAUCAUUGCAAAACUACUCUGUGUGCCUAUUGUGAUGUCGUAUCACACUCACGUUCCAGUAUACAUUCCAAGAUACACCUUUAGUUGGUUGGUGAAACCUAUGUGGUUAAUUAUAAAGUUUCUUCACAGAGCUGCUGAUCUUACUCUGGUACCUUCUGCUGCCAUUGGGAGGGAUCUUCAAGCGGCUCGGGUAACUGCAGCUAAUAAGAUACGUCUCUGGAAUAAAGGUGUUGAUUCUGAAAGCUUUCAUCCCCGCUACCGAAGCUAUGAUAUGCGUAUAAGACUAAGCAAUGGGGAACCUGAGAAACCACUGAUAAUCCAUGUUGGGCGGCUAGGAGUUGAGAAGAAUUUGGAUUUUCUAAAGAGGGUCAUGGAUAGGUUUCCAGAAGUGCGGAUUGCUUUUAUAGGGGAUGGGCCAUAUAGGGGGGAGCUGGAAACAAUGUUCUCAGGCAUGCCUGCUGUAUUCACAGGACUGUUGCAAGGGGAGGAACUCUCUCAGGCAUAUGCUAGUGGGGACGUGUUUGUGAUGCCUUCUGAAUCUGAGACCCUUGGAUUUGUUGUAUUGGAGGCCAUGUCGUCAGGAGUUCCAGUGGUGGCAGCUCGGGCUGGGGGCAUCCCUGAGAUUAUUCCCAUUGAUCAGGAGGGAAAAACAGGCUUCCUUUUUAAUCCAGGAGACGUUGAGGACUGCCUGAGAAAAUUGAAACCUCUGUUGUCUAACCAAGAGUUGAGAGAAACCAUUGGAAAAGCUGCACGUCAGGAGAUGGAGAAGUUUGAUUGGCGAGCAGCCACCCGAAAAAUAAGGAAUGAGCAAUACAAUGCUGCAAUUUGGUUUUGGAGAAAGCAAAGAGCACAGCUUUUGAGACCUAUACAAUGGAUAGUGAGACGAAUUUUCCGUUCGCCACGAGUCAACUAUGGAAGAUGUUAACAUCUCCUGAGCUCAAAAAGCUUACUGUACAUAGUUAGCAUCAUUAGAUGAUCUUUAAGAUCACCUUGUCCCAUUGAGGAAUGCAUGACAUUUUUUCUCUAUAGUUAGUGCCUUAGGCAUAUAUUCAAGGACAGAUACAAAAUUAUGUCAUUUAUGGGCUGUUCCAAGGCCUUGAAAUUCAUAUUGAAGCAUUGAAAUGUGAAGUAAGGUUUCUAACAAAAAGAAAAAGAAAUGUGAAGUUAGUUCAUCA